UGUCAUUCAACAAGUGUCUCCGAACGCGUAAAGUACGAUUUUUUUAAAGUGACGAAAAAGUAAUAAAAGUAUAAAACCGAAAUGAGUGCAAAUUGUCCAGAAAAUAUCAAUUUAUUUUGUUACGUUUGUGGCAAAAGAGCCUUUUCAACAAAUACUGCAUUACUCACUGAGCAAGUGGAGCGCGCUUUUCAACUUUAUUUUGAUUCCGAAAUAAUUCGCGGCGUUUCGUGGGACCCAGACAAAAUUUGUAAAACGUGCUACAAUGGUCUUAACAUGUGGAUCCAAGGGAAACGCAGUUCACUUCGUUUUGGUGUACCAAUGAUUUGGACUGAUCCAGGAGAGCACAAUUCCGACAACUGUUACGCUUGCGCAAACAAAAUAUGUGGAGUAAAUCGUAAAGGCCUUAAACGAAGAGUUUACAUAUCUGUUAAAAGUGCACAAAUACCUCUACCGCAUUCGGAUGAAAUACCAAUUCCACCGCUUCCAAGUCCUGACAGAGAAACUUCUUUUUCUAUUGAAACAAUGGAUCAAUCGGAUUUCACCUAUAAACCAACACCAGAAAUCAUCCGAUACAGACUCUGAACAAGUGGGCGAACCACCACGCAAGAAAGUAAAGGGCGCAAACAAACGAAAAUAAGUUUUGCGUUCAUCGAUUUUUAUAACCUAUGUAUCUAUGUAAUAACCUAAUAAUUAC